AUGAAGUUGAAUGCAAAGAAAACGAAAGAUAUGUGGAUUUGCUUUGGGAAAUCUAUCCCACAGCCUCCCAAUCUUUAUAUCGGGGAUGUUAUGAUCGAAAGAGUUAAUUCAUUCAAGUUACUUGGUGUUAGCUGUCAAAGUAACAUGAAAUGGAAUUCUCACAUUAAAGAAAUUACCCGUAAGGGAAACAGGAGACUGUGUCAUCUAAGGCAGUGCAGGAAGGCUCACCUUCCUACUGAAGUAGGAUUGGCAACUUACUGCACCAAAAUUAGUCCAUUGCUUGAAUAUGCCGCACCAGUUUGGGGUGGCCUACCUCACUAUUUAGUGAACGACCUUGAGUGUAUUCAAAGGAGAAGCUUACGUAUUAUUGGUUUACCGAUACACUUCCCCCGCUUAGUGAGAGAAGAGAUACACUUCCCCCGCUUAGUGAGAGAAGAGAUACACUUCCCCCGCUUAGUGAGAGAAGAGAUAAGCUAA